AUGCAUCACCUCCUAGCAUUUGCCGGUAUAGUGUCUGGGGCUGCCCUGGCUACUGCGUCUCCUUUACGAGAUGCCCUGCCAGGUGGUAUUUUGACCGUCGUACAAGAGAAGAACAAGCACUUCAAGGAGAGUACGGGGCUCGAUGCUCUUCUGCAUGCGUUUUCCAAGUACAAUGCGACCUUGACGCCAAGGCUGCGUGCUGCGGUGGAGAUAAAUCCGCGAAUCCGGACAAACUUGCAGCAGCGUAGCAACAUGUUCGGGUCUGUCCUGGCCGUACCGCCGACCCCUUACGACAUUGAAUACAUCUCAGCGAUCAGAAUUGGCACACCACCACAGAGUGUAAACGUCGCCAUAGACACAGGGUCUGCAGAUCUUUGGGUCAUGUCGACCGACACACCUACAGAUCAGCAAAACGGCCGACCCGUCUACUCACCGCACAAAUCAACAACGAGCAAGCUCAUCCCCAACGCUACGUGGUCCAUUGCGUACGGCGACGGAUCGGGCGCCUCGGGCAUCGCCUACACAGACAGGGUGCAGCUCGGCGGGGCCAGGUUCGACGCGCAGGUGGUGGAGUCGGCAACGUACGCGUCACGGUCCUUCACCGACGACCCGUGGAUUUCGGGUCUGAUGGGUCUGGGUAUGAGCUGGGCCAACACGGUCCGGCCGCAGCGCGCGCGGACUUUUACAGACAACAUCAAGGACCAGCUGGCGUCGCCCGUCUUCACGGCGAAUUUGCGGGCCGGCAGGCCCGGGAACUACAAUUUCGGCUUCGUCAAUCCAAAUGAGUACACGGGGACGAUCGGGUGGGCGCCGGCCAUCGCGUCCCGGCCGUGGUGGGAGGUUAGUGUGUCCGGGUUUGGGGUCGGCAGCGGUCCGUACUUGGCCAGGCCGUUCGCGGCCAUCGCCGACACGGGCACGACGCUUCUCCUACUGCCCGAGUGGAUGGUAAAAUUGUACUACGCAGAGGUGGUUGGGGCCGCGGUGGACCGGUACUGGGGCUCGUGGGUGUUUCCGUGCGCGUCGGUGCUGCCGGACUUCAAGUUCGUGGUCGGGGGUGUCGUGGGCGUGGUCCCCGGUAGGUACAUGCGGUACUGGCAGUAUGACGACAACAUGUGCUACGGCGGCCUGCAAUCGAGCGCCGGACUGGGGAUUAAUGUAUUUGGCGACGUGCUGCUCAAGGCACAGUUUGUGGUUUUCGACAUGGGCCAGAUGAGGGUUGGGUUUGCGAAUAAGAAAUUGCUGUCUUGA